ACACAGUAUGUGACCCGUACAAAUUCAUGCGUUACGAGGACUUGAGAUGCUAUGAAUUUUAUAGGUGCACGAUCGGCCUGCUUUAAAUGUGGGCCAUGCAGACCAAAGUGGAUGAAAAUGGUUGAUAACCUUUAUUCUGGGAAUCUUCAGGACACUAAUAAUCAUAAUAAGCUUAUCCACUAUUGCCUUCAUCAACCAGAUAAGCUGGAUCGGAUCGCUAGAUACCUACAUUUAAGGUUGGCUCAAGAUCUUAAUCGACGUUAUGACCAGAACAUAACAAUAUCUGUCAAAGCUAUCGACAAGUUGAUACAAGUUUGUCAUGGACACAGGCUGGUUUUAGCCUUUAGCUUUCUAAAGAUGAUACAACUCCUGUUAGAGACGAACAGAAUAGACCUUCAAAUAAUGGCAUCUAAGUCAUUCGUGGAGUUUUCUAAAAUUGAUGAUGAUGCUCCUAACUACCACAAAGAAUGCAAUGAGAUUUUGGAUCACUUCGCUUCCAUGGCUCAUUCGUCACUUAGCAACCUUAAAGAACGCAAUGCAGUCAGAAUGGCAGGUAUACAUGGAAUCCAGGGAGUAGUUAGAAAAAUGGUUAGUGACCAACUACUGUUAGAGGUCCAUGAGUCAAAUAUGGAUAAAAUUAUCCCCCCACUUCUGUUUAAUAUGUGCGAAAAGUCUGAAAUGGAUUCCGAUUCAGUUGAAUCACAGUGUGAUCCUUCACAAGAAGCUGUGUAUGUCUUUGAAGAUAUUGUCCGUCAAGCUUCCUACACAAAUAUCAAACCGGUAGUGACUUCAAUAUUGACACAUUUGGAUAAUCAUCAAUUGUGGGAUCCAUGUGACUUUCCUCUACUUAUUUUUCAAUAUUUCUUAGACUCACUUAAGACGACACAAGUUGCCCAUAGUUUAGUCAAACAGUUGGUUGCUCACCUUAGUUCCCACGAAUCAGAUUUCACAUUAGCCGAGCGUACCAGCUUAGUUCAGGUUAUAGGAUUGACUGUAAUCAAUUUGGCAAAAGGUGCAAUUGGACCGGAUGUAUUUCACAAUUUUAAAUCUUUACUUCAAAUUUUAAAGGCUAGUAUUGAUAAAACUCCACAAAUAUCUGACCAUCCCGAACAGUCCUCCUCAUUCAAUGAUUCUAGUCGUAAAUUAACUGGUGAACGUCAGUUUCAGGAGGCAAUCAUCAAUACAAUCGCUGAAUUUGCUAAAAAUCUACCAGAUACACAAAAGAUUGAAAUACUGAAAUUUAUAUUGAAUUUUGAACCUAUGGUGAAUUAUCAUCCAGAAUAUGGUGAUCGACCGAAACCCUUAAUUAUGGUCCUGUUGCAAACUAUGCUAACUGUUGCUACCCAAUAUAAAACAGUGGCUAUAUCGAAUGCAUUAAAUUCUGAUUUCUUGAAUCUUUUAUUACGUGGUGUUGCUAUUGAUCCAGAUCCUGUGAUACGUAUAAUUGUACAGAAAAUAUUGCACACUUUAAUUGAUCGGCAUGGGAAUACAGAACAACUAUUAACUGUUCGAAUAUAUGGUGAAAAUGAGUUGCGUAAUUACUUCAUUCUUGAAAAGCCUGAAAGACAAGAUAUUCUUUUUAUGAAAAAGACUGGUGUGUUGUUCAUUGAAAAUAUUUAUCACCAAUUAUUGGAUCAGACUAAUAAAGUUGAUAACUUAGAAUAUCUGUCGUGUACUGUUGGUUUAGUUGCAUUGGAAAUGGGUGCAGAACAGGUUAUCACAGAGUUGUUUCGUUUAAUAUUAGCGGUUCAAACUAAAAUUGUCGAUGAGAAUACAUAUAUGCCAUUGACGCAUCGAUGUGCUUUACACGCUUUACUAGCUAGUACAAUAUCAUUAAUUGUCCAAUUGAUUAAUCUUCAAUCGCUUAGUGAACAUAUUUAUACUGUUAUUCAACGUAGACGGGAUACAUCGCCUUGGUUAUUACCGUCGGUUGCAUUUAAUAGGACGAACACUGUUGACAGCUAUCCAAGUGAAUUUGAAAUUAACGAUGAUUUAUUAUUUUCAUCAGUUAAAAUAACUGAAUCCUUAUCCGCUUCUGGUUAUGAUGUGACUGUCUUGUCAAUACCAUAUAAUCCAAUCUAUCUACGAUUAUAUGACACUGGUCCACGGGAUCCAUUAGUCGAUGGCUCAUUGAAUAUGCGAUCAGGUGGGGGUGGUGGGAAUGGUCACUCGAAUUAUUCAACUGGUUAUUAUUAUGGUGAGCGGAAGAAUUCACUUGUUGGCGAUCAAACCAUGCCGGGUCGUCUUAAUGCAGUUUAUCUCGAUGGAUUGUCGCAUAGUCGUAAAAGUAGUCAAAAUGGGGUAGGCUUUGCUCAGUCUGGCAGCAGUUUCUCGCUAACCGAUAGUCUGUAUUCCGUGGCCGAUUCGGUGAAUGUAAGUAUUGCUGUGUUGUUCUGUUUAUCUGUGAAAAAAUAGCGAGGGAAAGAAAUAUUUUCACCACAUUUCCGUUUUUUUCCUGUUUUUUAUUUCAACGUCUUUCUGUUAUAUGAUUAUUUAUUGGUAGGUGUUGUAAAUAGUUAGUUGGCGGGAUGCCCUUCUGCAACUAGGCUUUGCGGUGGUUUGCUGUAUUUCAGCGAUGCAUAAUACUAGCAUACCUGGUGCUGAAGUCACAUGACCUCUCCGUACUUGUAUGAUAACUGACUUUUUUAAUAAUAAUAAUAAUGAUACUUAUUGUAAGGAUGGGUUAUAUAGGCAUCUCAUAUAACCCUAACUUUAUAUAACCUGAUUUAUAGUGACCACCAGUAUACUACACACUAUUUCGAUUGUUGAUUUGGUCCAGGUUCGAUUUCCAGCCGAUGUACCUCAUUUAGUCUUCUAGCUGGAGAAAAGGAUGGAAGUUUGGGUGUGAGGCUAGAAAAAGCAACAGAACAAGUGUUGUGUGAUAAACAUUGGUCAGAAAUUGCAUUCACAUCGUUUAUAUGCAGAGAUUUCAAGUUCAAACAAGAAUGAAUGCUUGGAUACACGGACAAAAGAGUUACGUAAUACAGACAAGAGGUGAAUUAAACGAUGAUUAACGAAUAAAUUGAGUGACAAUGUGGUGAGUUCAAUUCAAAUCAUAGAAACAGGAGACAAGCAAAGUUAUACUGUAUCAAAGGGGAGAGAGGUUAAAGUGAAAGAUUGCAUAAAUGAAAGAGAGGGAGUAAAGAAACCCAGUUACCAGGCUGAGGAAAGACUGGUAGGUGCUUCUUUCUGAACAUAUAAACCAGGUUUCAGGCGUGUGAUAGAGAUUGCUCCAGCAAGCUUCAAGAGAAUUGAGUCAUUUUUUUUCUCUUUAUAAUUUCAAAGGAUUUCACAGUGUCCACAACACGGACCGUACUGAUAAGAUGGCUAACAAUGACACUAUAUUGCAAACAUUUGUUCGCUUGACACGUAGGGUUUUCGGUACAUGAUCAGAAAAUCUAACGGUUUGGCCUUCUUUCUGUCCUCACAAUGUAAAUUUGUCUGUCGACUUUUGACUACACCAAAGAGUAUUUCAUGCCGUUUAAAUAAAAACAAAAAUCUUAUUGUCCAUUUCCAUUCCAUUGUGUUCAUUCGUUAUUAAAACGAAGGUAACAACUUGAAUUUGUUAUGAUGAUCACAUUUAUGUGGAGUGAAUACUUCAGUUGUGUAUGCGUAUUUGUGUGCUUUUCUGCUUUUCAUUGUAUCAAUAAUAGUUCGUAUAGUGUAUCCGUUUGUCAGUGAAGUUUUACAACUUACCUAAAUAUCAUCAGUCGAUAAGAUGAUUGAUUGUGUAAAAUUUUCAAACAAAUAACUAGUCUGAUUAAAACAAUUUGAUUGACUUUUCAGUUAUUAGGUGAUGUAUGUUCCCGUGUAUGUUUAGUGUAGGGGCGGGGGGGGGAGUUCAGAUGCAGAUAUUCCGAACCUGCCUAGUGUGUAAUAUACAAGAUAAGGCGUAUAAACUAGCCGGCAGACAAUGAGAGAGAGAGAGAGCGAGGGGGAGAUAGGAGUUUGGAUAUAAUUAGACGAUGUUCACAGUAAGAUGAUCAUCAUCAUUAAUGCAAUAUGUUUAAUAAACCUACCUGUUAUAAUAAUAGUAAUGGGUGGAGAUGCAUGCAGAUAAUCUCAAUGUCUUUUCGCGCAUUGGAUAGCAAAAGUCACAAAAAAAAACGAUGGAAAACCUUUAAAACAUUUAAAUUUAACAUUUGAAUAGAUGAUGAACACGCUUACAACUCCAACGACUUCAGUAAAUUCAAAUUGUAAUUGAUCGCCUUUGUUAUUGUUCUACUAUCAAAGAGGCGGGAAUAAAAGGCGGGGAAGAUGGUGGAUGAAUUUUUAUCAUUCAAGAAUAUGCGUAAACUAAUCAGCACAUUCAGUACGAGCACAUAUGGCUGAAGUUUUUGAUGAUAUCUCCUAUGAAUUAUAUCCACACGAUGUCAUGUUGAAUGGACCAAAAAAGAUUCAAGGACGUGAAAGUAAUCCUCUCUUUUUACAUGAAUCAGGCAAUAAAUUAACACCAGAACAAAUUAAUACAAAUAUCAAUUCAUCUAUUUCUAAUAGUAUUGUUGGUAUUGGUAAUUCUGCAACAAAAGUGUCUAAAAAAGCCAAUAAGGCUAGUAAUAAUAGUAAUAAUAAUAAUCAGGCUGUAUGGGAACGUGAUUUCACUUCAUUGUUUUUUGUUUAAUUCCUGCUGUUCAAUUUAAUGCCUUCUUCGGUGUAUCUCAUCUUCACUCUUCCAGUUCGAUUCAAUUCAAUUCAAUUGUUCAUUUAGAACUUGUCGUCUGAUACACACAUCUGUGUCUGUCCCUAUAUUAUAGGAUUCCUGUUUCUUUCUCUAAUUAGUUAUAUAUAUAUAUAUAUAUACGCAUUACACUCUUAUUGACAGAAUUCAUUCUUCAGAAAGUACCACAAAAAGGCAAAACAGACCAAUGACACUGUUAAGUUAACUUAAUUAUUGUCUGAGAAAACAUAAAGUAAAUUGUGUAUACAUUAUUGCUGAACCACAUACACACACACACACACAGACAACGAGAAUAUUUGUCGGUAUUACCUUGACUCUCUUUAUAUUAUCACUGCUAUUGUUAUUCUCACAAUUAUCAAUCAAUAUUAUCACGACUAUAGGAACAUUGAAUACAACGUCCAACCUUGGUUCAAAUGACUGUGAUUUGUCUUUAGUGAAUAAAUAUAUUAAAUAACUGUUUAUGUAUUUGUUUAUUUUACUAUUCCUUCAACGAUUUGUUCACACUCUAUGUGCUUGUACAAAAAAAAUGUUUGUUAACCAAAAACAGAUGUGUAGACCGGCUAGCUUCCUCCUCAAUCCCUACUUCUUCCUCUUAUUAUUAUUAUUACUAUUAUUAUUAUUGUAUUAUUAUGAUUAUCAUGAAAAUUACAACCGCAUCUUAAGAUUAAGGUGUGAUUCCAUCGCAUUGUUUACAUCCUUUAUUGUAAUUAUCCACUAUCCUUUCACAUGUUCUUUUAUUUUCUUUAAGAGACUAUUCAUUUCUGUCCUAUUUUCACUUCCAUUUUCCCCCUGUUUUCUAUUCUUUCUCUCUCUCUCAUAAUCUGAUCGCCUUCUGAAUUCACCUUGCUCGCAAAUAUCUUUCCUCCAUUUGUGUGUAGUGUUUGCAUCACCACCACCUAGCCAGCCACCCACUUCUUUUCUUGUUUUCCUGUAAUGUUCAUACAAAUCUCUUGUAUAUACAUAAAUACGUAUGCAUAUAUAAUAUAUAUACUAUGGACUUACACAAGCCUAAUCCUUAGAGUAAAGUGUGUUUAUACAAGGUGAAAAGUUAUACAAUACA